CAACCCACUCUUUCGUCCUACUCGUUCCUUGUCUUUUUCUUCUUCUUCGUCGUCGUUCCAAAACCCUAUCUCUCAGAAAGAAAAGAGAAGAAAAAAACUCCCAAAUCGCACCUCUGCAAUUCGUACUAUGUCUCUCUACGACGAGAGCUUCGAGCUCAAGGAGCUUCAGAGGCUCGAAGGCCACACCGACAGGGUCUGGGGUCUCUCCUGGAACCCUACCACCGGCGUCGAUGGAGUUCCGGCGGUGCUCGCUUCUUGCAGCGGCGACAAGACCGUCCGAAUCUGGCAGCAGAGUUCCCCCUCUGGUUCCUUCGAAUGCAAGGCAGUUUUAGAAGAGACACAUACCAGAACUGUUAGAUCAUGUGCCUGGUCCCCAUCGGGUAAAUUAUUGGCAACGGCGAGUUUUGAUGCCACCACUGCUAUUUGGGAACAAAUUGGGAAUGAUUUUGAAUGUGUGUCCACUUUGGAGGGUCAUGAAAAUGAAGUCAAAAGUGUGUCCUGGAAUGCAUCUGGAUCGCUGCUUGCUACUUGUGGCCGAGAUAAGUCUGUUUGGAUUUGGGAAGUACUGCCAGGGAAUGAGUUUGAGUGCGUUUCAGUGUUGCAAGGGCAUACACAAGAUGUUAAAAUGGUCCAGUGGCAUCCGUCAAUGGAUGUUUUGGUCUCGUGUAGCUAUGAUAACACCAUCAAGGUUUGGGCAGAGGAUGGCGACAGUGAUGAUUGGCAUUGUGUUCAAACGUUAGCUGAAUCUAACAAUGGACAUUCAUCUACAGUCUGGGCCAUAUUUUUUAAUGCCAGUGGAGACAAGAUGAUUACCUGUAGUGAUGAUCUUACUAUAAAGAUAUGGGGCACAGACAUCAUAAGAAUGCAGUCUGGGGAUGGCAAUGCAACUUGGAAACAUUUGUGCACCCUUUCUGGAUAUCAUGACCGAACAAUCUUUUCAGUACAUUGGUCAAGGGAAGGAGUAAUUGCUAGUGGGGCAGCCGAUGAUGCUAUACGUUUAUUUGUUGAGAACAAGGAUGGUUUGGUUGACGGUCCUAUGUGUAAAUUGCUUUUGAAGAAGGAUAAAGCCCAUGACAUGGACAUCAAUUCAGUGCAAUGGAGCUAUUCGGACAAUAGGAUGCUUGCAUCGGCGAGUGAUGACGGGACAGUCAAGAUAUGGGAAUUGACAUCCUUACCCUGAAAUCAAUAUAUCAAAGAUUUGGAUAUUUCCUACUGAAAUCGGUGGAGAGAUGCUUCAAUGCUUGUGUAUUGUUUUAUAAUUAUGAUCUAGGGAUAUAUAUAGUCCAUGAAACUAGCAGCUUUGAGAAAUCCAGAAAUUGUUUCCAGUAUAUUUCUGGAGUGUGGUUGUAAUUCAUGUUGUCACAUAAUUCUUAAUUAUUUUAUGAAAAUAAUAAAGAGAAAAGGAUAAAGGGUUUUGCAUCUGCUUUACAA